AUGAGCGUCUCUUUGAAUGGUGACAGAACUGGACUUGUGAGGACAGAGUGCAGAUGUACAUACAAUGGGACGAGGAAACUGGAUGGAAUAAGGAUUUUUGCGCUAAUGAAGGUGGGAGUACAGGCGCAUCAUUGGAGCGGGGUGCUCUUCUUGUACAUGGGGCUGUUGGCUACAUCAGUUAGGGCUCAAAACUGCAGUCACACACUACAUAGUCCAAACGGGACAAUAGAAAGCCCUGGGUACCCGUAUGGAUAUCCCAACUACGCCAACUGCACAUGGGUGAUUGUGGCACAGGAACACAACCGGAUACAGUUGGUAUUUCAAGGCUUUGCUUUAGAGGAGGACUUUGACAUCCUUUCAAUCUAUGAUGGGCAGCCAAGUCCAGCAAACCUACGGACACGGUUGACAGGGUUUCAACUUCCUGCCCCUAUAGUCAGCACAGGACCAAGGCUCACACUAUGGCUGCUGUCAGACUACGCUGUAAGCGGCCAGGGCUUCAAAGCAGUGUUCGAAGGGAAACAAUCUUAUUCACAGCCCUUUACUUUUUUCACAUUUUGCCAGUUGCUCAAUGGCAUGCAGCAGGGAUCCACUUUCAACAUCGGGGACAAGAUCCGCUACAGCUGCAACCAGGGCUAUGUGCUGGAGGGACACACUGUGCUGUCCUGCCUGGCCACCUCUUCCGGCACUGCAGCCUGGGACUUCCCCCUCCCGUACUGCCGAGCGGACGAUGGAUGUGGCGGCACACUGCGGGGUCAGAGUGGUGUCAUCACUAGUCCAAACUACCCGCUGGAGUACAACAACAAUGCAGACUGCACCUGGACUGUGCUGGCUGAGCCAGGUGACACCAUCGCCCUGGUCUUCUCUGACUUUCAUUUGGAAGAGGAUUAUGAUGUUCUGGAGAUAACUGGCACAGAAGUUUCAUCUCAGUGGUUUACUGGUCCAAACCUGCCAUCACCCAUCAUCAGCAGCAAAAACUGGCUGAGGCUCCACUUCACAUCCGAUGGCAACCACAAACUCAGAGGCUUCAGUGCUCAGUACCAAGUGAAGAAAAUGACAGAACUAAAGUCCAGAGGGGUGAAGAUGUUGCCAAGUAAAGACAAUCACAGCAAGAUAUCAGUUUUAUCACAGAUGGGGGUGGCACAAGGACACAACAUGUGUCCAGACCCAGGAAUCCCAGAAAGGGGCAAAAGAAAAGGGUCAGAUUUCAGACGGGGUGCUACAGUCCACUUUUCUUGUGAUGAAGGAUACGAGCUUCAGGGCUCCAAGAGCAUCACCUGUCUGCGAGUUACGGACAGUUACGUGGGCUGGAGUGAUGACCGGCCGAUCUGCAGAGCUCCUAUGUGUGGGGGUCAAAUUCGUGGACCUAAUGGCAUUAUCACUUCCCCAAACUUCCCAGUACAAUAUGACAACAACGCUAACUGCACUUGGAUAAUCACAGCGUCCGACGCUUCCAAGGUGAUCAAGCUGACUUUUGAAGAGUUUGAAUUGGAGCGCGGCUACGAUACACUAACCGUGGGUGACGGGGCUGUAAUCGGUGAUCAGCGUACAGUCUUUCAUGUGUUGUCUGGGACUACAACCCCAGAUCUGGUGGUCAGCACCAGCCAUCAGAUGUGGCUCAAUUUCAAGACGGAUGACACAAGUGGCUCCCUGGGCUUCAAGGUUUCUUAUGAAGAAAUUGAUCAGGGUGGGUGCGGAGACCCAGGAAUCCCAGCCUAUGGCAAGAGGGAAGGCUCAGGCUUCCGACAUGGUGACAAGCUAUAUUUUGAGUGCCUUCCAGCCUUUGAGCUGGUGGGAAAAAAGAACAUUACCUGCCAGAAAAAUAAUCAGUGGUCAGCCAAGAAGCCAAGCUGUGUGUUUUCAUGUUUCUUCAAUUUUACAACUCCAUUUGGAGUCCUACUGUCACCGAACUACCCUCAGGAAUACGGCAACAAUAUGCACUGCGUGUGGCUGAUCAUCACCAAACCAGAGAGCCGCAUCAACUUGGCCUUCAAUGACCUAAACAUGGAGAAACAAUUUGACUUUCUGUCCAUUAAAGAUGGCGGAAAGGCAGAGUCACCCAUUCUUGGCACCUUCUCUGGAGAUGUGCUGCCGUCACCCAUCACUACCAGUGGCCAUGUGGCCCGGCUUGAGUUUCUAACUGACCAUACAUACACAGACCGCGGCUUCAACAUCACAUUCACCACGUUUCGGCACAAUGAGUGUCCCGACCCUGGCGUUCCAGUAAACGGAAAGCGUUUCGGUGAGAGUCUACAGCUUGGCAGCUCCAUCUCUUUCCUGUGCGAGGAGGGUUUUGUAAAGACCCACGGCUCUCAAACCAUCUCCUGCAUCCUCAAAGAUGGCAAUGUUGUGUGGGACAAUGCUGUGCCACGUUGCGAAGCUCCAUGCGGUGGAAACUUGAAGGCCUCUAAUGGCAUCAUUCUAUCCCCGGGCUGGCCUGAGCUUUAUAAAGAGGCCCUCAAUUGUGAGUGGAUAAUCGAGGCCCUACCUGGAUAUCCUAUCAAGAUCAUCUUUGACAAAUUCCGGACUGAGGUUAACUAUGAUAUUCUUGAGGUACGGGAUGGCCGAUUUCCUUCUUCGCCUUUGAUUGGCAGUUAUCAGGGCACACAAGUUCCGCAGUUCCUCAUCAGUACCUCCAACUUCCUGUACCUGCUCUUCACCACCGACAAGAGCCACUCCGACAUCGGCUUCCGCAUUCGAUAUGAGACGUUGCAGCUGCAGUCGGACCACUGUGUUGAUCCUGGAAUCCCAGUCAACGGUCAGCGCCACGGCAAUGAUUUCUAUGUGGGUGCACUGGUGACGUUCAGUUGUGAAGCAGGAUACACCCUCAGUGACACCGAGCCCCUUGAGUGUGAACCCAACUUCCAGUGGAGUCGGCCCCUCCCCAGCUGUGAUGCACUUUGUGGAGGGUUUAUUCUGGGGAACAGUGGAACAAUUUUGUCCCCUGGAUUUCCUGAUUUCUACCCUCAUAACCUCAACUGUACCUGGAUGAUUGAGACUUCACAUGGUAAAGGUGUCCAGUUUACCUUCCACACCUUUCACUUGGAAAGUCCACACGAUCACCUUUUAGUCACAGAAAAUGGUAGUUUUUCUCAGCCCCUAUGGAGACUGACUGGCUCAACACUGCCGCCCCCUCUCAGCGCUGGUCUCUUUGGCAACUACACAGCUCAGAUCCGUUUCCUCUCUGACUUCUCUGUUUCCUAUGAGGGCUUCAACAUAACUUUCUCUGAAUACGAUCUGGAGCCUUGUGAAGAUCCCGGUGUCCCCCCCUUCAGCACUCGCAAGGGACUGCAGUUUGGGGUGGGGGAUGCUCUCAUCUUCUCCUGUUUUCCGGGGUACCGUCUAGAGGGGCCAGCGAGGGUUGUGUGUCUAGGGGGGCGUCGGCGGGUGUGGAGUUCCCCUCUGCCAAGGUGUGUUGCUGAAUGUGGGUCAUCUGUUACUGGGAAACAAGGAGUAUUACUCUCUCCUAACUACCCUGGUUACUAUGGUAACAACCAUGAGUGCAUCUACUCCAUUCAAACCCAACCCGGAAAAGGGAUACAGCUCCGAGCACGGGAUUUCCGUCUGGAAGAGGACGAUGUGCUCAAGGUGUAUGACGGUAGCAGUAACAAUGCCCGUUUUCUGGGCGCCUUCACAGGCACAGAGCUAAUGGAUGUAACUAUGAACAGCACCUCCAGCACCAUGUGGCUGGAGUUUAUAAGUAACAAUGACAAUACCAGCAAAGGUUUUGAGCUGCACUUUACCAGUUUUGAUUUGGUGAAGUGUGAAGACCCAGGUGUGCCUCAGUUUGGUUUUAAGCGGGAGGACAAAGGUCACUUUGCGGGCAGUACAGUAUCAUACAGCUGUGACCCUGGCUACACUUUAAAGGGUCCGGAGGUGCUGACAUGUCUCAGAGGGGAGAGGAGAGCAUGGGACAACCCACUCCCGUUCUGUGUCGCCGAGUGUGGAGGAACGAUUAAAGACGAGCCCAUGGGCCGAAUUCUGUCUCCCGGUUACCCAGCGCCCUAUGAGCACAAUUUACACUGUAUCUGGACCAUUGAUGCGGCUCUUGGAAGCACCAUUGGGUUGCAUUUCCUGGUCUUCCAUACAGAGGAGGUGCAUGAUGUUUUACGGAUCUGGGAUGGACCUCAGGAUGGAGGUGUGCUCUUGAGAGAGCUGAGUGGCUCAACACUUCCUCCAGACCUCCACAGCACCUUUAACUCAGUCAGCCUGCAGUUCACAACUGACUUCUUCACCAGCAAGCAGGGUUUUGCUCUGCAGUUCUCAGUUUCAACUGCCACUUCCUGUAAUGAUCCUGGCAUUCCAACCAAUGGCACUCGCGUUGGAGACAGCCGAGAGCCAGGGGAUCGUGUGCUGUUUCAGUGCGAUCCUGGAUACAUCCUACAGGGGGCGACCAAGAUCACCUGUACUGAGAUCAACAACCGUUUCUUCUGGCAGCCUGAUCCACCCAUUUGUUCUGCUCCUUGUGGAGGAAAUCUGACUGGCCCCAGUGGACUGAUCCUGUCCCCUGAAUACCCAGAGCCCUACCCUCAUGGCAGAGAAUGCGACUGGACGGUUACGGUCACUCUUGACCACAUCAUAUCACUCAGCUUCAAUCACUUUAGCCUAGAGCCAAGCUAUGACUUUCUGCACAUCUAUGAUGGAUCUGAUUCUCUCAGCCCAUUGCUGGGCAGCUUUUACGGCACAGACGUUCCAGAGCGAAUUGAAAGCAGCUCCAACAUGCUCUUCCUGGCCUUUCGCAGUGACGCCUCACUCAGCAGCAAUGGAUUUGUCCUGCAGUACACAGAAAAUCCCAGAGAGUCAUGCUUCGAGCCAGGUCUGGUGCGCAAUGGAACUCGUGUUGGCACUGAGCUAAAGCUGGGGGCAACUGUCACCUAUUACUGUGACAAUGGCUAUACACUGGAGGGAGACGCCACUCUCACCUGCAUCAUGGGGGUAGACAGCAAACCCGGAUGGAACAAACCAAAGCCUGUUUGCAUAGCUCCAUGUGGUGGUCAGUAUUCUGGGUUGGAGGGGGUAGUGCUCUCCCCUAGUUACCCUGGAAACUACAGUAGUGGGAGGACCUGCCUCUACUCUGUCAUUGUACCAAAAGACUAUGUUGUGUUCAGCCAGUUUGCGUUCUUCCAUACUGCACUAAAUGAUGUUGUGGAGGUGUACGAUGGCCCUACCCAGCAUGCCCGUGUCCUAAGCUCUCUCUCUGGAGCACACACAGGUGAAUCAUUGCCAUUAGCCACCUCCAACCAGAUCCUCAUACGCUUCUCCUCCAAGGGUCAGUCAAGUUCAAGGGGUUUCCACCUGGUCUACCAAGCUGUUCCAAGGACUAGCGCAACCCAGUGCAGCUCAGUCCCUGAGCCCAGGCAUGGCAGGCGCACAGGGAACAACUUUGCGGUUGGAGCCAUGGUUAGUUUUGAGUGCAAUGCAGGAUACAUCCUGGAGGGACCUAGUGCCAUCGAGUGCCUGACUGUACCUAACGCUCUGGCCCAGUGGAAUGGCAACAUGCCCAGCUGUAUUGUGCCAUGUGGAGGGAAUCUAACACAGAAAAUAGGCACUAUUCUGUCCCCUGGAUACCCUGAGCCUUACCUUAACAGCCUGAGCUGCGUGUGGAAGAUCACUGUGCCUGAGGGAAUGGGAAUCCAGAUCCAGGUGAUUAGCUUUGUGACUGAGCAGAACUGGGACUCUCUUGAGGUGUUUGAUGGUGGUGACAACUCUGACACCAUGCUGGGGAGCUUUUCAGGCACAACAGUCCCAGCCCUCCUGAACAGCACCUCCAACCAGCUUUACCUGCACUUCUUCUCAGACAUCAGUGUUUCUGCAGCCGGUUUCCGUCUGGAGUACAAGACCGUGUCCCUCACAAGCUGUCCUGAGCCAGUUUUACCCAUGAAUGGCUUCAAAGUGGGUGAGAGGCUACAGAUGAACAAUGUUGUGUCGUUCCAGUGUGACCCUGGAUAUACUCUGCAGGGAGUCUCCCAUAUCUCAUGCAUGCCAGGGCCUGUGCGGCGCUGGAACUAUCCACCUCCUCUCUGCAUCGCUCUGUGUGGGGGGAUCAGAGAGGAGAUGGAAGGCACCAUCCUUAGCCCUGGUUUCCCAGGAAACUACCCUAGCAACAGUGACUGCACCUGGAGGAUUUACUUGCCAGUUGGUUAUGGAGCUCAUGUGCAAUUCCUCAACUUUUCCACCGAGGCCAACCAUGAUUUCCUGGAAAUUAGGAAUGGGCCUUUCGACACCAGCACUGUGAUUGGCAGAUUUAGUGGGCAGGACAUACCACCCUCUCUUCUAUCCACCUCCCAUGAGACCACAAUAUAUUUCCAUAGCGAUCACUCGCAGAAUAAGCCUGGCUUCAGAUUUGAUUAUCAGGCUUAUGAACUUCAGGAGUGUCCUGACCCUGAACCGUUUCACUAUGGUGUGGUAGUGGGGGCUGGUUACAACGUGGGCCAGUCCAUCUCCUUUGAGUGCUAUCCAGGGUAUCAACUGAUGGGGCACUCCAUUCUUACCUGUCAGCACGGCACAACGCGCAACUGGGAUCAUCCAUUUCCUCGCUGUGAAGUGCCCUGUGGAGGUAAUAUUACAUCAGACAAUGGCACAAUCUUCUCCCCUGGUUACCCAGAGGACUACCCCUCUUCUGCGGACUGUAGCUGGCUAAUUACAGUAAUACCUGGCUUGGGCAUUCAACUUAAUUUCACCCUUCUGCAAGUCCAUGGCCCCCAAGACUUCAUCACUGUCUGGGAUGGACCUCUGGAAACAGCCCACAAAUUGGGAGUGUUUACUGAGGGAGAACCCAAUAUCCCACCCCGCAGCACAUCUAAUCAAAUUUUGCUACGUUUCCGGAGCAACUCUGAAAAAGGUGGACUGUUCAAGAUCAACUACCAAGCCUAUAGACUUCAGUUUUGCUUGCCACCUCCCAUUAUUCCAAAUGCCGAAAUUCUGAUGGCCAGCAAAGAAUUUAAGAUAGGUGAUAUUGUGCGCUACAGGUGUUUGCCAGGAUAUCAUUUAAAUGGGAACAGCUUACAAACAUGUCGCCUGGGGACACACCUGGAGUUUGAAGGGCCUCCACCAUCAUGUGAUAUCACUUGUCCAAUGAACGAGGUGCUAACAGCCUCCACGGGGAUAAUCCUGAGUCAGUCACCGGGCAGCAGCCUCCCGCACUUUGAGUCCUGCUCUUGGGUGGUGAAGGUGGAGUCAGGUUACAACAUCACUUUCACUGUUGAGCACUUCCAGACCAGCAGGCAGUUUGAUGAGCUGGAGAUCUUUGAUGGUCCCUCAAGGCAGAGCCCGCUGCUCAUUUCUCUGAUUGGGAACUAUUCAUCACCCCUCAGUAUUACCAGCUCAUCAAGCAAGGUUUACCUGCACUGGUCCUUCGAUCACACCUCCAGCCACAAGGGCUUUCGUAUCCGCUACUCUGCGGCAUACUGCAGCAUCCCAGACCCUCCCGUGAAUGGCUCUGUACACAGCCAGACAGGCACAAAGCUGGGUAGCACUUUGCGCUUCAGCUGCGAACGAGGCUUCAACCUGAUUGGCCAGAGCACCUCUACCUGUACCCGAACCCCACCAGGGGUCUAUCAAUGGAAUUCUCCAGUGCCACUUUGCCAAGUUGUGUCCUGUGGGAUGCCUAUUGCUCCAUUGAAUGGUACUGUUGUCGGGCAGCACUUUACUCUUGGCUAUAGUGUCACAUUCUCUUGCAACCCUGGUUUCCGAUUGGCUAACAGUCAGCCGGUGUCAACGCUUUGCCAAGAGUCAGGGCGAUGGAGCCCGAUGGAGACCCGCCCUCGCUGUGUCCCUGUGACCUGCCCUGACAUCGGCCACUCCGCAGUGGAUCAUGGGAGGUGGAGACUUAUUUACGGGAUGCAGAAUAAAUAUGAGGCCAUGAUGAUGCUGACCUGUGACCCUGGAUAUUUCUACAUGGGUCAAAGGGUCAUCCGUUGCCAGGCCAACGGCCAAUGGGAUUACCCUGAGCCCAGACCGUUCUGUGAAAUUAUCUCCUGUGGGGACCUUGGCACCCCUCCAAAUGGGAAUAAAAUAGGAACAUUGACAGUUUACGGUGCUACAGCUAUUUUUUCCUGUAACUCUGGCUAUACGCUGGUGGGGUCCAGAGUAAGAGAGUGCAUGUCCAAUGGCCUGUGGAGUGGAGCUGAGGUCCAUUGUCUUGCUGGACACUGUGGCACACCUGAACCUAUUGUUAAUGGUCAGAUCAUUGGAGAGAACUACAACUACAGAGGGAGUGUUGUUUACCAGUGUAAUCCUGGAUUCCGACUUAUCGGUGUAUCAGUACGCAUCUGUGAGCAGGACCACCACUGGUCUGGAAAGACUCCCAUCUGUGUCCCUAUCACCUGUGGACAUCCAGGCACCCCUGCUAAUGGUGUGACUCAGGGAACACAGUUUAACCUGAACGACAUUGCACGUUUUGCCUGCAACCCUGGUUAUGUUCUACAGGGUGCGAUCAAGUCUCACUGCCAGCCCAAUGGCCAGUGGAGUAAUGCUCUUCCCAGGUGCAAAAUUGUGAACUGUACGGAUCCAGGACAUGUUGAGAAUGGUGUCAGACAGGUCUUGUCCAGCGGGCCUAAUCGUUACAGUUUCCAGACCACAGUCUCUUACAGCUGUAACCCGGGAUACUACCUGCUAGGCACCAGCACUCUAAACUGUCAGGGAGACGGCACAUGGGACCGCUCCCUACCCAAGUGCCUCUUGGUACUCUGCGAUCGUCCCAGCAUGCCUCCGUAUGCACAGAUCUCAGGGGACAGACGCACAGUGGGCUCUGUUAUCCGCUUCAGCUGCAUCGGCCAGCGCACCAUUGUGGGAAAUACCACCCGCAUGUGCCAGCUGGAUAGCCAAUGGAGCGGCUCCCUACCACACUGCUCCGGGGAUUCUGCUGGUCUGUGUGGAGACCCUGGCAUUCCAGUGCACGGGAUCCGUCUGGGAGAGGAAUUCUCUGUAGGGAGAGUGGUACGAUUCAGCUGUGAGCCUGGCUACAUUCUGAAGGGCUCCUCUGAACGGACCUGCCUGUCCAACGGCUCUUGGGUGGGCAUCCAGCCGGAGUGCCAUGUGGUCUCAUGUGGCAACCCUGGCACUCCUCGCAAUUCCAUGAUCCAGUUACAUAAUGGACUUAUCUUCUCCCGCUCUAUCACCUAUGCCUGCAGAGAAGGCUACUACUCCAAUGGCCUGCUUACCCGUCAUUGUACCGUUAAUGGCACCUGGACCGGUGAUAUGCCAGAAUGCACAGUCAUUAACUGUGGAGAUCCCGGAGUGCCUGCUAAUGGUGUCAGACUGGGCAGUGAAUUCACCUUCGGCCACAUUGUGAGCUUCCAGUGCUCACCGGGCUUCACAGUGGACGCUGACCGCGCCUCCACACUCCUCUGCACCAAGGACCGCACCUGGAAUGGCACCAAGCCUGUUUGCAAAGCCAUUGUGUGUGCAGCUCCGCCCAGUAUCCCUAAUGGGCAGGUGGUGGGUUCUGACUUCCAGUGGGGCUCAAGCAUUAGCUAUGCCUGUAAUCAGGGUUACCAGCUUUCCCUUCCAACCAUCCUCACCUGCCAGGGCACAGGGAACUGGAGUGGUGAACGGCCUCAAUGUUUUCCUGUUUUUUGUGGAGAUCCAGGGAUACCAGCCCAUGGCAGACGGGAAGACCGAGGGUUCACCUACCUGUCCUCUGUUUCCUUCUCAUGUUACCCACCUUUGAUUCUGGUUGGCUCCACUCACCGUUACUGCCAAUAUGACGGAACCUGGAGUGGAACCCAGCCAUCUUGUAUAGAUCCUAGUCACACCAGCUGUGUAGAUCCUGGCACUCCUCUCUUUGGACAUCAGAACAACUCUCAAGGCUUCCAGAUUGGCAGUUUAGUAUACUACAGCUGCAGAAAGGGCCACCUCCUCCUUGGCUCCAUCUCCCGUACCUGUCUGCCCAACCUCACCUGGAGUGGAAUGCAGCCUGAGUGCAUUGCUCAUCAUUGUAAUCAGCCUGAGCUCCCUGCACAGGUGGAUGUAGGUGCUAUAGAGCUGCCUUCUCUGGGUUAUACACUUAUCUACACCUGUCAGCCUGGCUUCUACCUGGCUGGAGGGUCCGAGCACCGCACCUGCAGGGCAGAUGGCAGCUGGACGGGGAAGCCUCCACUUUGUACACCCGAUAACAGACCAAGCGGUAAAACAGUUGGAACUGUGCAAGAGCCGCCCAACACCAAGCUAUCUGUGCCAAGUGGAGUGUUUGCUAAGAACUCUCUUUGGAGGGGUUCGUACGAAUAUCUAGGGAAGAAGCAGCCAGCCAUGCUGAGCAUAACUGCUUUUGAACCAUUAAGCAAUCGGGUCAACGGCACUCUCAUGGACCACAGUGGAGUACAGCUCAAUUUGGCUGGUACUUAUAAGAAGGAAGAGGCCCAGCUGUUGCUGCAGGUGUAUCAGAUCCGCGGUCCUGUGGAGAUCUUUGUUAACAAGUUUAAAAUUGACAACUGGGCUUUGGAUGGACAUGUGUCAUACAUGCCUUCCUCUGACUCUUUUGUGUACCAAGGCUUUGUUAGAGGAAAAGGCUUCGGUCAGUUUGGACUUCAGAGGCUGGAAGGCCUUGAUCCAAAUGGGGAGAAUCCAGGCUACAACUUUGCCUCCAAUAGCAGUUCAGUGGCAGCAGCCAUUUUAGUGCCUUUUAUUGCUAUGAUCAUAGCAGGCUUUGCUCUCUAUCUCUACAAACACAGGAAAAGGCCCAAAGUACCCUUCAAUGGUUAUGCGGGCCAUGAGAACACUAACGGAAGGGCGACUUUUGAGAACCCAAUGUAUGACCGCAACAUCCAGCCCACUGACAUCAUGGCCAAUGAGACAGAGUUCACGGUCAGCACAGUGUGCACUGCAGUAUAGCGACCACUCUAGUCAAAGGCUGGAUAUAAUCUUCCCCUCUCCACACAAUUGUUCCCAUAGUUGAGAAUGGGCCACCUCGAUGAAAUAAAGAGGAGUUUUCUUUUUCUUCAUGAAAACCAAUUCCAAUUGUUACAAAGCGAUAAACCCUGACAAUGAUGCAGCAAAAAAGCAUAAACAGAGAAACACUGAAAGACAACCAGAUCAAAAAUUCUUACGCUACCCUCCUCUUUUUGCCCUCUGAGGGAACCUCCUGUUAACUGUGGCACAGCGAGGGGAUAAAUGUGACGCUCACAGCUAUCGCUUGUCAAAUACAAGAGGUAUAUUGUUUGGUAAAACGAGGGCCGCCCAUUCUUAGUUGUGAGGCGGAGGACGUUAAAUGUGCUCAGGAAGUCAAGAAAAGUGUGUCCAAGUGAGCCGAAGCUUGUUUUUUUUUUUGUACACAGAGUUCUUUCCAUGGAGUGUGUUUUGGCUUGAUUUUCCCCUUUACACAUCGAAACAGAAAAAAAUGGCAAACAAGUGCAGACUUUGUUCAGAUCACUGAGGACACUCUCACUGACACCUUCACCAUCAAUUCCCUGAGAAUGUAAUAGCGCCUGAGGGCUCAGAUCUACAAUUGAAGUGGAAUGAGAUUCUGAGACUUAUUAGAAGACAUGGAUUCUACCUGUAGCACCUCUGUCUACCCAUUCCUGUCUGAAGGAAAGAGUGUUCUCCCACCAUCUUAUCACAAUCCCGACUGAGACUGGACUGUCCGAGCAACCCUCUUGAGUAGCCUUGUGGAGGAGAACAUGAAAAGACAUGGUGAACGUGUUUAAUGUUUUUGUGUCCAGUGCUUUAUGAAGCUGACUUCAUGGCCAUUAUCUGCUAUUCUUUUUACAUGCAGCCUACAUUUGAAAGUAACUAUAAAGGAUCUAUAUUUUAUAGGAGAGCUAUCUGAACAGCACUGUGCCCCUCCUCAUCUGAAUGGUCUUCAAAGGAUGUUAUGUGUUAUGAUUGGUUUGUGGGCUGGGAUGUCAUGUGGAAGAACCAUUAGUUAGCAUUUAAAGAUAUGAUGUCAUUGAUUCAAAUUUUAGGUUGGAUUUCUGGGUUCCAUUGAGUUUCUGAUGUCAUUCAAUUAUGUAGAUUAGUGAUUUUCAUAUAUAGAUUAUAUAAAGAAGCUUAGCCCUUGGAGAUUUGAAGUAUGAAGGCAAAAAUUACUCAAGCCAUGUCUUUCAUAACCAGAUGAUAGUUCUGUAGUAUUCUCUUUGCUUUCAUAGUCCUCUGCGUCAUCUAUGCCCAAUCUGCAUUUUUGAUUGGUAAGUGGGACAUAAAGAUUACACCCUAGAAAAAUAAAUCCAAGGCUGGACUUAUGUCCCAAAAUACUGAUGGGACGGUUUGAAAAUGAUCAACAGCACAGGUUUUAAGAGCAAGUUUAGAGUUUUCCACCUGAAGAGGCAUAUACAACUUUGAUGCUGGUACACUCAACUGUAUUUAAUAAUUUUACUGUAACAAUUCAAUUUGUAACAAGUCACUGAAUAUGAGAAUCCAUAUGCAGUGCUAAAUGAGAGUGCAGCUGUUGCUUUAUGCAAAGAUGUUGAAUGCAAUAUGGAAGGCAGAGAUGAUACAUUUUGUUGUCAAUGUUCUAAGUGCAUUAUAUUCUGGGAUGCAGUGUCCUUUAACUGGCUAAUGUUUAUGACAUUUUCAGUUAUUGAAUAUCAAUUUUACAGAUUGGUUGAACAUUUCAGUGAGUUUAUGCAGCCUUCCUUCUCUUAUGGCAUUUUUAUUUAAUUAUUCCUGCUAUAAAUGGUAUUUAUUUUCAUGAGAAUUCCUCAUUCCUCAGUUUAUUUGCUGUAAAGUACACUAUACUUCACAUUGCUACUUUAUUCUGUUUCAACUCUCUUUGGUAUGAUUGCUUUUACAGGUUUAUUACUUUUGAAAUUGGUAGCCCAUAAUGUUUGUGUUAAUACAAUAUUACCUGAGUUGAAGUUUGUAUUUCCCUUGGGAUUUUACAGGCAAAGAAUUAUGCAGGCACAUUAUCUUACACCUGUUGGCUUUCAAUUUAUAUUUAUAAGAUUGUCAUCCUUUUUUGUAGCCUAUUUCUUUUCAUUUUGAAUUGCUUUAUCAGUGUGGAUGGCGUAAGUGUUUCCCACAUAUCAGACAUCAGUUAUGAUUAUUUCAGUGCAGUUUAUCUCCCACCGGCUUGGCUUUUUACAUUGUCUUACCCUAGUGUUAUAUGUCUUAGCAAAACUACAACAAAAGAAAUGAGUAAAAAGUGCAUAACGUGCUGCCAAAUUUAUAAUAUUCUCAUCGGAUUAUCAGCUAAAUUUCCCCUUUAAAAACCCUAUGAAAAGAUGCAUUUUGCAAGUGCUAAUACUCACACAAAAUCAAGGCAGAAGGCCUUCAGAGUCACAUCUCUUUAUAUGUAUAGUUUUACUAACAUGAAAUACCCUUGAAAUAAGAAUCCAUGCAGCCUGAUUCAUGUUUGACACAUCCAUUAGUUUCUUGUAAUAGUGCCUUGAUAACUCUAUCUAUGGCUUAUCCAGCUACUUAAAGAGAGCUGACUCUCUUCUUAUUGUUCAAUUUUAUUAGUAGUAGUCCACACUGGGCAAGAACAGCCGUUUCUAUGGCAGAAUAAAGACCAGCAACCUAAAACAUGCAAUUAAUUAAAAUUUUCUCACACACACACACACACACACACACACACACACACAUACAUAAAGACAAACCAAAAUAAAAAGCAUUAAAGCAUUUAUGGUUUUUACUAUGACAUACUGCAAUGCUACAAGUACAUUGGGUAAAAGACCCAAAACAUCAUCAUUUGCCAGAGAGACUGUUGACAUGUCAGAUACAUGCUCAAUUCUCAGUGUCAGACCAUUUUCAUCACCCUAAAACUGGUGCUCACAUCUUUAUGUUUGAGGAACUGUGCCUGGUAGCCCUCCAUUUCCUUUAUUUUAAUAGUGCUUUAUUACUCAGUCCAACAAAAUCACAUACAGUAUACAUUUCAUACACUUAAAAAGAGACCAGCAUGUUGUACAACUAAAAUUCUAUUAUAUCUGUGAUGAGCAUAUGGUAACCCUUUUCAUCAAAGGAUUUGUUAGCGUAACAAGAAAGUGUGCUUCUUUUAAAUACUCUUAUUUUUUAAAUUCUGUUUCAAGUUAAUUUUAAGGAAAUAUUAAAAAAAUGUUUUCAUGUAUUUUGGGAGUUGAAAAUACCUGGGUUGCACUGAAUGCAUUUUAAUAUUGGAAAUAUUUAUGCUGUAUGUUAUUAUUAUUAUUAUUUAUGUCCCCUAUGGUAACCAUACAACAACAACAUACUCUAUGUGCAAGCUACAUAACAAAACGAAUCAUUAAAAAUAGGGGAAACGCCACAUCCCCAAAAGAAUGCAUAUCAAUAUAUUUGAAAAUUUUCACAUUGCAACUUAUAUUGGCAAAGCGUGCGGUUAAAACCAUGUAUAUCAUAGUUCCAUGAGAAAAUGUUGUACUAAAGGAUGAACAUAUCAAUUUUGUGUGCAGAUAAGUGAAAAUAUUUAAAUAUGCACUCUCAAUAUGUCUAGUUUCUUUUCUCUCUCUCUCUCUCUCUCUCUCUCUCUCUCUCUCUCUCUCUCAUUUUGAGA